AUGGAAUCGUUCGCGGUGGCACUAAACGGUGUAAUUCACUCAGAAGAUCCUUUCUCCGGACCUCUGUCAUAUGUUGAGCCAUGGAACUAUACAUUCUUGGCUGUUUUAAUGUUUAUUGUGACGACUUUGUCUCUGUGUGAGAACGGCGCGGUGAUGCUCGUCACCUUUAGGUUCAAGCAGCUGCGACAGCCUCUGAAUUAUAUCAUUGUCAAUUUAUCUCUCGCUGACUUUCUAGUGUCCUCGACUGGAGGGGUAAUAAGUUGUGCCACUAACUACCACGGAUAUUUCUUCUUGGGUCAAUGGGCUUGUGUUUUGGAAGGAUUUGCGGUCACAUUUUUUGGUAUUGUGGCGUUGUGGUCUCUAGCCGUCCUGGCGUUUGAGCGUUAUUUUGUCAUCUGUCGUCCUCUGGGGAACAUUCGUCUGAGAGGUAAACACGCUGCUCUGGGUCUGCUGUUCGUCUGGACCUUCUCCUUCAUCUGGACAAUACCGCCUGUGUUGGGCUGGUGCAGUUACACCGUCAGCCGCAUCGGAACCACCUGUGAACCAAACUGGUAUUCCGGCAGGUUCCAUGAUCACACCUUCAUCAUCACGUUCUUCAUCACUUGUUUUAUUCUUCCGCUGGGUGUGAUCAUAGUCUGUUACUCCAAACUGCUGAGGAAGUUGAGAAAGGUGUCCAACAGUCAUGGCAGGCUGGGAAAUGCCAGGAAACCUGAACGUCAGGUGACCCGUAUGGUGGUCGUAAUGAUCGUGGCAUUCAUGGUGGCCUGGACUCCGUACGCUGUUUUCUCUGUCGUGAUCACCGCCCAUCCCAGCAUUCAUCUGGACCCUCGACUGGCAGCUGUCCCAGCGUUCUUCUCCAAAACAGCAGCGGUUUACAACCCCAUCAUCUAUGUGUUCAUGAACAAACAGUUUAGGAAGUGUCUGAUUCAGCUGGCGAGCUGCAGAGACAUCAGCACCAUCGACGGAAAUGUGAAUCAGACCACCGAACGCGUGGGACUGACCAAUGAGAGCCACACAGGAGAGAUGUCAGCCAUCGCCGCCCAGAUCCCAGCAGCCGGACCCGUUCAAUCCAAACCUGAAGAACAACCCAGUGAAUGUAGUCUCUUCGGUCAACUUCCCAUUCCUGAGAACAAAGUCUGUCCCAUGUGAGCACACACAUAACUUUUCUAACUAAUGUACUGAACUUUGAAAUGUGCAGAAAAAGUGAAUAAGGUCUUACAGCAGAAGUUCAGCUAGUGUAAGACUGAAAUGUUGAAGCAUCAACACAGCACAUCAUUUACCACAGAAAACUACACAAAACACAUCAGUCUACUUUAAAAAAAUCAUUUAAAGAGUCCCUAAUCCAGAAAAUGCACUUUUAAAUGUUGUUUGAACAUAUCUGUGUGUAAGGAGUGUGUUUACAGAACCACCCUAGAACGAUAAAAAUCCACACAUUCAUUUUUUUAAAACCUCCAAAAACCUGAACAGUCCUCUUGAAGGAGCUGUUGGCAUCCUCUCGGUAACCUAACGUCACAUUGAUUGAGCCCUCCUUAUGACUGCUGAUGGUCUCCGGCCUCGUCCACUUCUACACUGUCCGCCAUUGUUUUCACGCUACUUACAGUGAGCUACAAGAAUGUUUUGUAAACAAACAAGUUGUUUUUGUUAUUGUUGUCAAGUCUUCAUUUACUCCACACAUUGAGCCUAUGAAGACGCUUCGGAUUAGUUUUAUUUCUCAAUGAAUGUGCAGAAGACAUCAGGUGAAGUAUGCUUCACAAACCAAUGUCAUCAAAAUGCUGGAUUCAUAAUGGGUCGUGCUUUCACUUGUUAUAGAUAUAAUGUUUGUUCUGUGUACUGUUGAAUAAAAAAACAAUGUGCGCGUUUUAAAGAUAAAACGCGUUUGUGCAUUCACUUAUGGCAGGCCGAAUUAGCUCAAAUUGUAAAAAUGUUAUUAUAGAGCUCUCUAAUUUAAUUCUUACUUGUGAAAAUGCAAAUACGACGAGUAACA